GAGAGCAAAGCUAUUGAGCCAGCGAGGAGUGAAGCUGAGCCUGGCCUCACACGCUCCUAGAGGACCACCUCCUGAGACAGAGUUCUUUUUCCCCCUUCUUCUUUCUCCAAGCUCCCCUCCUGCCCUCCCUCCCUGCCCAGUACCAUGCAUUCUUGAGUGGCAGCGUCUGGACUCCAGGCAGCCCCAGAGAACCGGAGCAAGCCAAAGAGAGAGGACUGGAGCCAAGACACUCUGGUGGGGGAGCUUGGAUGCCUGGCUUUCUUUGAGGACAUCUUUGGAACGAGGGUGGCUUUGGGGUGGGGGGUUGUGCUGCAGGCAAUCCAGCCCGGCCCCAAGAUGGACACUUCUGGGCACUUCCAUGACUCUGGGGUGGGGGACCUGGAUGAAGACCCCAAGUGCCCCUGUCCAUCCUCCGGGGAUGAGCAGCAGCAGCAGCAGCCGCCGCCACCACCGCCAGCACCACCAGCAGCCCCCCAGCAGCCCCCAGGACCCCCGUUGCAGCCUCAGCCUCCGCAGCUUCAGCAGCAGCAGCAGCAGCAGCCACCGCAUCCCCUAUCUCAGCUCACCCAACUCCAGAGCCAGCCCGUCCAUCCCGGCCUGCUACACUCCUCUCCCACUGCUUUCAGGGGCCCCCCUUCAUCCAACUCCACCGCCAUCCUCCACCCUUCCUCCAGGCAAGGCAGCCAGCUCAAUCUCAAUGACCACUUGCUUGGCCACUCUCCAAGUUCCACAGCCACAAGUGGGCCUGGUGGAGGCGGCAGGCACCGGCAGGCCAGCCCCCUGGUGCACCGGCGGGACAGCAACCCCUUCACGGAGAUCGCCAUGAGUUCCUGCAAGUACAGCGGGGGGGUCAUGAAGCCCCUUAGCCGCCUCAGCGCCUCCCGGAGGAACCUCAUUGAGGCUGAGCCUGAGGGCCAACCCCUCCAGCUCUUCAGCCCCAGCAACCCCCCGGAGAUCAUCAUCUCCUCCCGGGAGGACAACCAUGCCCACCAGACCUUGCUCCAUCACCCCAAUGCCACCCAAAACCACCAGCAUGCCGGUACCACCGCCAGCAGCGCCACCUUCCCCAAAGCCAACAAGCGGAAAAACCAAAACAUUGGCUAUAAGCUGGGACACAGGAGGGCCCUGUUUGAAAAGAGGAAGCGACUGAGUGACUAUGCUCUGAUUUUUGGGAUGUUUGGAAUUGUUGUUAUGGUGAUAGAGACCGAGCUCUCUUGGGGUUUGUACUCAAAGGAUUCCAUGUUUUCAUUGGCCCUGAAAUGCCUUAUCAGUCUGUCUACCAUCAUCCUUUUGGGUUUGAUCAUCGCCUAUCACACACGUGAAGUCCAGCUCUUCGUGAUUGACAAUGGUGCAGACGACUGGCGGAUAGCCAUGACCUAUGAGCGCAUCCUCUACAUCAGCCUGGAGAUGCUGGUGUGCGCCAUCCACCCCAUUCCUGGCGAGUACAAGUUCUUCUGGACGGCACGCCUGGCCUUCUCCUACACGCCCUCGCGGGCAGAGGCCGACGUGGACAUCAUCCUGUCCAUCCCCAUGUUCCUGCGCCUGUACCUGAUCGCCCGCGUCAUGCUACUGCAUAGCAAGCUCUUCACCGAUGCCUCGUCCCGCAGCAUCGGGGCCCUCAACAAGAUCAACUUCAACACGCGCUUCGUCAUGAAGACCCUCAUGACCAUCUGCCCGGGCACUGUGCUGCUGGUGUUCAGCAUCUCACUGUGGAUCAUUGCUGCCUGGACCGUCCGUGUCUGUGAAAGGUACCAUGACCAGCAGGACGUAACUAGUAACUUUCUGGGUGCCAUGUGGCUCAUCUCUAUCACAUUCCUUUCCAUUGGUUAUGGGGACAUGGUGCCCCACACGUACUGUGGGAAGGGUGUCUGUCUUCUCACGGGCAUCAUGGGUGCCGGCUGCACUGCCUUGGUGGUGGCCGUGGUGGCCCGGAAGCUGGAACUCACCAAAGCGGAGAAGCACGUUCACAACUUCAUGAUGGACACUCAGCUCACCAAACGGAUCAAGAAUGCUGCAGCCAAUGUCCUUCGGGAAACGUGGCUAAUCUACAAACACACAAAGCUGCUAAAGAAGAUUGACCACGCCAAAGUCAGGAAGCACCAGAGGAAGUUCCUGCAGGCUAUCCACCAACUGAGGAGCGUCAAGAUGGAGCAGAGGAAGCUGAGUGACCAAGCCAACACCCUGGUGGACCUUUCCAAGAUGCAGAAUGUCAUGUAUGACUUGAUCACAGAACUCAACGAUCGGAGCGAAGACCUGGAGAAACAGAUCGGCAGCCUGGAGUCUAAGCUGGAACACCUCACCGCCAGCUUCAAUUCCCUGCCCCUGCUCAUCGCCGACACCUUGCGCCAGCAGCAACAGCAGCUCCUGUCUGCCCUCAUGGAGGCCCGGGGCGUCAGCGUGGCGGUGGGCACCACCCACACCCCACUCUCCGACAGCCCGAUUGGGGUGCCUCUACUUGGGAGCAGGAAGAGGAGAUGACAGGAAGCGACGCCUCUGGCAGGGCCCUUGCUGCAGAGUUGGUGGAGAGCAGAAAUCCACGUCCAAUCUCAGCCCUUCUUUUGGCUAAGUCCACUGUGCCUCAGCAUCACAGUCAAAUGGGAAAGGGGGCCAGAACCCAUGACGUUGCUGCCAUCACAGUACCAGAUUGAGACACUGUGGAGUCACUGCACUACCAGUAGGCUACUGCUCUUUUAAAGUUACUGCUUUUAAAUCGUAAAAUAUAUCCCCAGUUCUGCAGUCAUCCCACUUCCCUAGCUGCUGCUUAGAAGCAGAUGAAGGCUCUGUAAGUCAUCAUUCUGCUGCCCCUAUUGACCCUGCACGCGUUCGGUUUCAGUACCUUAGACAGCUACCUGAUGGCUUCCUGGUAGGCGGGAACAGCUUCUUCCCUUCCCAUCCUUCCGCUACAGUCGGUCGGCUUAAUGACACCCUGGACAGUAUCCCUUCCUUCUCUACUGCCGCCAAAGUAAACACUGUGGGAACGGGAUCACUGAUACCACUAAGAAAGGAAGGUUACAGGGAUAGCAAUAUUAAGUGUCUGCCUCUGGUGGUAGAAUAUAGGUGAGUUGCUCUUCAUCCUGAAAGCUUGUGCCAAGCUGCAUGAACAGAAAUUAACGCUAAACUCCUGUCAGACAAGUAAUACGUAGAUUUUUACUAAAAUAGACUGAAUCUUAUUAAAAAGUUCUCAGUGGAAUGGUAUAGAAAUAUAUACAGAUAGAGAAAAAAAAUAACUGUGAUCUUUUUCCUUACACCAUUACUGGAAAUGCCCAAGUAUGAACUGGAGUUCCCUCUGAACAAAACCAUUAUCAAAUCGUCAACAUAUGACCUCCAAAUCUAGGUGCCAAGGGCCCUGCCACAGUUGUUUACACACCUGAGAAAUAUGUUCUGGAAGCUGUACUCUUGGGCUUGGACCAUGUGUUGAGACAAACCAAACAGACGUUGUGACCAACCAAGCUGAUGGAGGAAAAGCACAAAAUUCAAUACCAACCUAUAGUUCAGAUCCCAAAGAGAUGCUGAAUUUAUAGCCAAAAAAAUUUUUUUGACAAAUCAAAUAUCAAUCUGAUCGGAACAGCCAACAUGAAAGUUCACAGAAGGAGGACAGGGAAUAAACAACAUUCUCUAGCUGUAUCAUAUCGUCUCAGUGUUUGAACCUCAACCAGGACUGAUCUACCUUCAUCAGACACACCUUUUAAUGGCGCAACAACUCAACGUUGGUCCCAGACUCUCCAUUCUGCACUGACCGGAAGAGAACAACAGAAGAGAGCAGCAGGAUGUCAAUGGAGGAAGGAUAUCCAUGGCAAACUCAGAAACUGAUGUGUUUAUUAUCAGAAUCAGAUGAGCUUCAAUAUGAAUUUGCAUCUUGCCUCUGUACUGCUUGCUAUUUUUUAAUGAUAGGAGAAAGUAUAACAGUUUAUUUUAAAUAUGAAAUAUGUUGCUAUAUUAUAAAAUAUAUUGUAACUUUCAAUUAACAUUUUGUAUCAAACUAGUCUUUAGCAGGUACAGUGUCAACCUGCUCUCCCAACGACUGUUUCUGAGUACACAUCACUGUUAGUGACUGCCUGACACCCAGACCAAGGGUCCUCAGCCUACUGAACUGCCAUAUUCUAAUUCUCUGAGACCUGACUUAAUAGAGAUAAAAGAACGCUAUACCCCACUUAGAAGACUAAUUCUACCCUAAAUUCUUUCAAGCCAUUUCAGAAGAGAUUUUAAAAGCCAUCACUCCUUUAGCAGCUGUGCAAAGCCAGUUUAAUUAAAGGGCAGGCUCUUUCUAAAUGCAAAGGCCCUAUUACAUAAAUGAUUUGUCUCAAACUCAGCCAAUCAGUUUUUCCUUUGGUAAUGGCAGAAUGGGGCAUAAGGAAGGGUCUUGUUCUCCUGUGACACAAAGGAUUCAGACUCCUAGGGAUUGUAAGUUUCUCUGUGUCAGAGUAUAACUGGGAUUGGAAUUGCAUUUCCCUGGGGGCUCAGUGAGAGCCCAGUGGGCAGUUAUGCUUUUCUGAGUCGGCUCCUUGAGGGAGCCAGGUUUCCACACAUUUAAACCACAACAUGGAGCACAGCUCCUAAGGGGAUGAAGGGAGGAGGCAGGACAUGCAAAGAGCUGGGCUUCCCUUUCUGCUAGUUUGGCUGGGAGGAAAGAAGGAGUUUCCAUCAAGACGUUUUCCUUUAUCAGCAAAACUGCGACAGAUUUUCUACUUCAGCAACUACGAUAUCGAUGUCCUUCCUUCUCUGAUAGAGCAGUUGAGACACAUGUGUAAAACUUCUCACUUCCUUCCUUUGGCCAUGGGACUAUUUGUAGAUGAAGACGGGAUGCAUUUGGUCAUAGAACGAAGGUUCCCUGGAAUCAGUGGCCUCCUCCCGAGGAGGACCCUUGCUUGUUAUCACAUUGGUAAAAUAUUGCACAGGUGCACACCAAGAAGCAUCAGAAUAGAUUCUUCAACUGAGUGUAUCUCUUCCCUUCACAAUCUCUGAAAAUUCACACAGAUGUACUGAUAGUGCAAAACAGUAGGUUUUCUCCUGGGAAAAAGGCUGGAAUCCUCUCACACUUCCAUUUUAUUUGAGCUUAAAUAUAGAUAAGGCUGGGGGCUCAGUAAUGUUCUCAUGCCAUUCGAAAGAGAAAUAUCUAAAUGCCCAGCUUCAAUCGGCUCAUGUGGCUGAGAGCUAACUUGGAGACACAUUUCAUUUUUAUUCAUUAAGCCUUUUAUUUUGUAUUGGAGUAUAGCCGAUUAACCGUAUUGUCAUAGUUUCAGGUGGAUAGCAAAGGGACUCGGCCACACAUAUACAUGUAUCCCUUCUCCCCCAAACUCGCUCCCAUCCAGUUUCCCACAUGACAUUGAGCGGAGUUCCCUGUGCUAUACAAUUUGUCCUUGUUAGUUAUCCAUGUUAAAUAUAGCCGUGUGUACCUGAACACACAUUGUAUUUUAGUUGAGCUGAAUUCUCUCAGUCUCUAUACUGGUCCUCAGUUACAUGUUUGGCUGAGCUCCAUUAAAGCCAUCAGAACUCCAGGGCACCUGUUUUUAGCAAGUUACUCACUCGGUAAUGGAAAUUAGUUUAUUCUCAAUUUUAUAAUUGACUGAUGAAUGUACUGGUGGUAAUUUAUUUGUCUCAUAAUACUUUUCUGCUACUAAAUAGAACUGUCUCUUUUGGCUUUUCCUUCUAGCUGUUCUCAGACGAAGACUUCUACGUUUAUAGAGAGUGUUCUGAUUUUUCUACUCAAAGUUAUUAUUCCAUCUAGAAUUAAGAAAACCAAUACCAAUUCCUGAUUUGGGGAAAAUGGGACCUUUGGACAGUAAUUCAGGCAUGUAGCUAUAUGCUGACAGUUGUAAGUCAAAGUGUGGUCCACAGAUCGGCAGCAUUAGCAUCACUUGGGAACUCGUUAGAAAUGCAGAAUCUCGGGCCCCAUCCCAGACCUACUUAAUCAUAUUAGGCAUUUUAACAAGGUCCCCAUGUGGUAUACAUAUUAAUUGUAAGCACUGUCCUGACCACACAGCAAUGGUAAAUAACAUUACUAUUCAGAAAAUCAAACUAUUUCUUCCUUGACCCUCAUGUAUAGAAUUAUUUGAUGAAGUAAAGGUCCCAUAUGAUCAUAAAAACAAAUGCACCUUAAAAUUCCUCUUGAGGUCAGAUAGCUCGAGUGGUAUAUACAAAGAAGCAGUCUUUUCCCAGUCUUAUUUUAAAAGGACUCGCUUCCUUGCCGUGAGCCAUCUCAAAGCACCUUUUUAAGAUUUUUGUUUUAGUGAAUGCUGGCAGGGCCAUCAGAAUAUCAGGUGGUUCCUCGGGCCAGGUCCCCUGGAAGGCCACCUGGCUCCUUGCUCAGCAUAACGCAGAAAUAGCUGCAUCUGUGUUCCUCCCUUGAGAAACUCAGCAUCCCACCAAUGGGAACUCUCCUCCCUAGAGGAAACUAGCAAGAGAAGUUAGUUUAACCAUCUAGAAACAUUCCUAAUCUCUCUUUAAACCAAGUCUCUUAUUCAUUACACCAACCUGACACUCUGAGGUAAGCAAGGAAAGAUGUGAAUUGUGAUAUUGGCGCCAUAAAUUGAUAUGUACCCAGAAACAGUUAUGUUCUGAAUUAAUGGCUUUAACCUGUUCAUUGUAAAAAGUGCCUUGGACUUCAAUCUAAAGAGGUCAGUAUAAAUAUAUGUGUGUGUGUGACAUAUGUAGGCAAAUAUUUACAAUUUAUACAUACAUAGGUGCACACACAUAUACCCUGCACAUUCAUAUAUAAUAUAUACAUACAUAUAUAAAUGCUUCGUAAUAUAUCAUAUUGCUAUUUGCAGCUCCAUUUCUUUUGU